CAGAUUUCUGUCGACGCAACAACUCUAUGCUCAGAGCCGCACGCACCAUGUCCAAGUCGUUCGUCUUCGUCACUGGCAACGCCAACAAGCUCAAGGAGGUCAAGGCCAUUCUGGCGGCCGGCGGCAGCGGGAUCGAGGUCACCAACCAGGCCGUUGACGUUCCCGAGCUGCAGGGCACGACGCAGGAGAUCGCCAAUGCCAAGGCUGCCACGGCGUGCAAGAUUCUCGGCGCACCAUGCGUGACUGAGGACACAGCGCUGUGCUUCGAGGCGAUGGGCGGGCUGCCGGGGCCAUACAUCAAGGACUUCCUCGGCACCCUGGGGCAUGACGGCCUUAACAAAAUGCUCGCCGGCUUCGGCAACACGGCCGCAUACGCGCUCUGCACCUUCGCGUACUGCGAGCCCGGGUCCGAGCCCAUCCUCUUCGAGGGCCGUACGGACGGCCACAUUGUCCCUGCACGCGGACCGACCAACUUUGGCUGGGACCCAAUCUUCGAGCCACUCGAGGGCGAGGGCCGGACAUACGCCGAGAUGGACGGAGCAGCCAAAAACGCCAUCUCGCACCGCUACCGCGCUCUCGAGAAGCUCAAGGCCUACCUAGACAAGUAAACAACCAUGCAUUAUCAAGAUCUAUUAGGGUGUCUAUACAUGCGCCCUACUCGAUGGUGUAUCCCUCGUCCUCGACACACUCCAUGCACUCUUCUUUCUCGACGAUGCCGUGGGCCACGAGGCUCGCGUAGAACGCCUUGCGUGCCGUAGGGUAGAUGAACGCGCGCGCCAUGAAGACGAGC